ACACAUGCCCUAUAAAUUGUUUGCUAGCAGUAACAUGCAAUUGGGCAAGCGGCCUCCGGAAACCCUCCGUGAAGCGAUUGUUGGAGGACCUUGGCAAUGCUCGGUGGCAACCUCGGUUUGCAAGGAGAGCAAUGGCAGCUCCUUAACAAGCGGAAAACACAGGCAUUGGGGUAAUGACAAGGGGACAGGGUUUUGUGCGGCGUGUCUGAGCUAGGUCAUGGGGGACUGGUGGGCCCCAACGCGCUCUGCGCACAGCCAGCCGGCAUCGAGCUCACCACCUGCGUGGCACGUGACCCUCCAGGGAUACAUGCAUGCGUUGCAGGUAGACCGGCAGCACCAGGGCUGCCUCAGAGCGGAGUGGCGCCGGACACGGCAAUCCCACCGGGGUUAGGUAGGGUGCGUAGAUGCGCCGGGUGAUAGGCGCACGCUCCUAUGAGGAAGUCCCAGGUGCCGGUCAAUCUGCGGGUCGUGUCAGUUGGCGAUCGCAACAAUGCGCCACAUCUCUUUUUCUUGCUUAUAUGUUUAUCGGACGUCCGCCUUGACCGACAUGAGGACAGCUUUUCUGCCAUCUAGCAGGUGUGAUGGUCAGGGGAGUGACCCAUGAACCCGGUAAGGGACCGCCUGCAAUACUCACUCACAUCGCCCGCUGCUGCCUGCUGCUGCUCUAUCAACGGAGUCGGCGGCGUGUGAGCCAUGUGUAAGGGUGCCAAAGUCACAGAAUGGGCGGGGUACGGCCGCUUCCACCGCCGCCGCCACUUCCGCCGGCGCUGCUGCUUCCCGCGGCGCCACUGCUUCCACUGCCGCCGCCGCUCCCGGGGGCGCCACCGCCGCUCCCGGGGGCGCCACCACUUCCAACGCCUCCUGGCGAUGCCGGCGGGCCUGCCACCAUCAUGCUGGUGGAUCCGCGAUUGGCUUUGGGGUGGCGUAGCCCUCUUGAGGCCGACGGCCUCGAGAGGCCCCUGCCACCAAGCGCGCGGACACCCGCGCUGUCGGGGCCGCGGGCUCUGGCCUGCGGGCUGGUUCCUGCUGCCGCCGGCUGGGCGGCGGCCGUCGGCUUCGGUGGCUGAAGCUACCUGCGGCGCUGCUGGGCGUGCGAGCAGCUCUCUGGCUGCAGGAGGCCAGCUUGGCGGUGGUGGCGGUGAGCCCGGCGGUGGCGCUUGGGUGGCUGGGGUGGGCCCGGCUGCCGAGUUCAACUCCGGCUACCUCGCAACGUUCGCCAAGCUGGCCGACUGGUACACCACCAACGGCGGCACCGGCAGCAAGGCCAUCGUCCCUGAGGAAAUCUUCAAUGGCUGGACCGAUCUGUACGGCUCGCCCAACCCCCUGCUGGGCAGCGGCCUGCCCUACGACGUGGUGGACGGCACCAAGCCGUCGUACUUCCUGCAGGUCCGUACGGUCAAGACCACCGGCGCCAACUGCUGGCACAACGCCCGCUCCCUGUACGCCUCCCUGAACAAGCCAUGGAAGUCAGCCAGCCAUGGGCCUGACCGUCCACAGCGUUUACCGUCGGUUACGAGGUAACAUGUGAUUUCGCAACUUGCGCAACUGACUGCCUGCUCUCGUGCCGCCUGCUGCAAGCCCACUCCGCCUUCCGCUCUGGUAUACGUACGCAUUAGUUCCGCAACGCACGUCAAUAAGUGGGCCGCCUAAUCAGCAAGCGCCGCGGUGCACAGUGGAUAAGAGGGAUGGCAGCUUUCUUAUCAUACCGCAAUCGGGUCCCAUGAUGUUGUUGAUGAGCUGCUGGUGCGGCAAAGUGGCUCCUGAUGAUGACGGGGCUCGCUCAAAUUGCUGCCACGCCAGUGGCUAUCGCCGUGCGUUCAUUCAUCGGACACGUUGCAUGGGCGCGAUUGCGGGGCUUGGUUUAUCAAACAAAGCCGGACUGCCGUACAUGCCCGAGCACGCGUGUGUUUUGCGGCAUGUGCGUGUGUUUUUGGGGGGGAGUCUGUGCGAAUGUGCACGCGUGCACAUCCCCCCGUUUUGAUAGUAGCGAAUGCUUCCUUUCCCACACAUGCGAACCGUAGCAAGGCAGGAUGUCGAUAUGUGUUGGCAUGCAUGGCUUAUGUGAAGAAACGACGUGCAUUUCUGUGAAAUUGUGCGCAUGGCAUGUGAUGAAUGCACACGGGCGAGCAUGUUGAUGACAGGGCGGGAAUGAGAAACAGCUGGGGACAGGCACCCAAUCCCCUUCUUUGUCAUGUGCGCAUUGUGGUGGUACGUGCUGGCGGCGUGGAUGUGGUCCGCACGCACUCUUUUGUUUGCUGAGCUAACUUGUAUGGCUGACUGAGUGUGUUGGGCCUGUUGCUUGCCAGCUCUACUGUAGAAUAAAAGAUCCCUCCGGCCGCCGCACAUCAGACGUUAGGCAUGUGCAGCAUGCAGGGCCAGAGCAUGUACACAGCGCACAGCCCUGCACAGCCGCACAGGAACGUGUAUGAGGGGGGUUGGUUUGAGCUCGGGGGUUCUGAAGUUACUGAGUUUAAAGAGGCGGGGUGGGACUGGGCGGGCAUGAUCGCGCAGGUGGCUAACGUUGCGCAAGGGUGCCGCAGUUUCGAACGACAUGGACUGGGGGUCCCGGAUGCCAUGGAUGGAACGAACGCUUACUGAUUAUUA